GGUUCAUCUGUCCACCAUCAAAUUCUCUGUAGUUCUUGUUUCCUUUCGGUAGUGUGACCCAGAACUGGAUGUGGUAGUCUGGUGAGAGAUCUGAACUGUGCAGGUACAGUAUUGUGCUUGCCUUGUGCUUCCUUUUCAGUGGCUUCUCUAUGCGUAUAAUUUGUUACUUUGUUUUUGUGCCCACCCUAAUGAGUUGUACUAUAUUAUGUAUAUGUAACGAUAUAACUUUGGACAACACAGUGCCAAGAUGGACAUUUACCAAGCUCUGUAAGUAUUGUGUACUCUUGAUUUUAAAAUCUGUAUAGGUGAUGUAGGAGAGGGGAAAGUUUAGUGAGUCAGAUUAGUUUGUGCUUCAUACCCAUUGGAACAAUAUUCUUCGGGAAAUACAGGCCUUAGAAUUUUGAGGUUACCAAGCUUAGAGUCUCUACUUUGUGAAGCAGUGGAAGACCUCUGAGAAAGGAGAUGCAGCCAGGAGCACAGAGAGUGCUUUAGCUCGGGGGUCAGCAUACUUCUGUAAAGGGGCAAGGUAGUGAAUAUUGUGGCUUGGUGAGCUAUGAGGUCAGCUCUACUGUUAUAAUGUAAAAGCAGUUAUGGACAACAUGUAAAUGAGUGAGCAUGACCAUGUUCCAAUUAAAGCUUUUAUUUAUAGACACUAAUAUUUGAAUUCCAUGCAAUUUUCAUGUGUCAUGAAAUGUGACUCUUAGGUUUACCAUUUAGAAAUGUAAAAACCAUUCUCAGCCCCUGGACUGUGCAAACAGAGUGUGGCUGAAUUUGGCCCUGUUUGGCCCAGAACUAUAAUUUAUUUUCCUUCUUUUGCUCUAGACUAGAGCCUUAGAGAGUGGAUGGAAAUGGAAUUGUUAGGAGUCCAGAAAGGGUCGACUUCAUUAUUAGUGAGUCCAUGGACUAAACCAGUUCUGUACCUCAGUUUCCAGCAGCACCAUGUAGAUUGGGACAGAAGUAAUUGUUUCCAAGGGCGGAAACCAAGCUCCGCACCUUUCCAAAGUCAAUCUGAGUGGGAAUGGCAGCACUCUGCAUCGUCUCCUGCUUACCCGCUAUAACUUUCCCCACCAGAAUUCCAGGGUCUCUUAUAAUUCAGCGGGUAAUGUUGUUCUGUUAAUAAACAUUUUACAUUACUGCCCAAUUACUUCAUGUUUACCAUACUAAUACCAUGUUACACAUAGUGAAACCAGUUAUUUCUAUUUUAAUUGUAAGAGUAUUUUUUAAUGUUUCACUAAACACUUAAUGUUAAAUGUUUCUUUUUUUCUUUUAAGAUUUUAUAUAUUCAUUUUUACAGAUGAGGAGGGAGGAAGAGAGGAAGAAAGGGAGAGAAACAUUGACUUGGUUUCCUUUUGCAUGCCCCCAACUGGAGCUCUGGCCCGCCAUCCAGGCAUGUGCCUUGACUGGGAAUUGAACCUCUGACCUUUUGGUUCCUAGGCUAAUGCUCAGUCCACUGAGCCACACCAGCCAGGAGUGUCAGCUGUGAUGCAUGUUUAAAAGGAAAUUUUCGAGGUCGCAGAUAUAAGUGUUUAAUUUGCUACGAUUACGAUCUUUGUGCGUCUUGUUAUGAAAGUGGUGCAACAACAACAAGGCAUACAACUGACCACCCAAUGCAGUGUAUAUUAACAAGGGUAGAUUUUGAUUUGUACUAUGGCGGGGAAGCUUUCUCUGUAGAGCAGCCACAGUCUUUUACUUGUCCCUAUUGUGGAAAAAUGGGCUAUACGGAGACAUCUCUUCAAGAACAUGUUACGUCUGAACAUGCAGAAACAUCAACAGAAGUGAUUUGUCCUAUAUGUGCAGCAUUACCUGGAGGUGAUCCUAAUCAUGUCACGGAUGACUUUGCAGCUCAUCUUACACUUGAACACAGAGCCCCUAGAGAUUUAGAUGAAUCGAGUGGUGUUCGACAUGUACGUAGAAUGUUUCACCCUGGCCGGGGAUUAGGAGGUCCUCGUGCUCGUAGAUCAAACAUGCACUUUACUAGCAGUUCUACUGGUGGACUUUCUUCUUCUCAGAGUUCAUAUUCUCCAAGCAAUAGGGAAGCCAUGGAUCCCAUAGCUGAGCUUUUAUCUCAGUUAUCAGGAGUGAGACGUUCUGCAGGAGGACAGCUUAAUUCUUCUGGCCCUUCCGCCUCUCAGUUACAACAACUGCAGAUGCAGCUGCAGCUGGAACGGCAGCACGCCCAGGCAGCGCGGCAGCAGCUGGAGACCGCGCGCAACGCGAGCCGGCGCACUAACACAGGCAGUGUCACCGCUACAGUCACGCAGUCCACAGCGACUGCCAACACCGCAAGCACGGAGAGUAACCAGCAAGCUGUCCAGAAUUCCCAGUUUCUUUUAACAAGGUUGAAUGAUCCUAAAAUGUCUGAAGCAGAGCGCCAGUCCAUGGAAAGUGAGCGUGCAGACCGCAGCCUGUUUGUCCAAGAGCUCCUUCUGUCCACUCUGGUGCGCGAGGAGAGCUCCUCCUCGGACGAGGAUGAACGGGGGGAGAUGGCCGAUUUUGGUGCUAUGGGCUGUGUAGAUAUUAUGCCUUUAGAUGUUGCUUUAGAAAACCUAAAUUUAAAAGAGAGUAAUAAAGGAAAUGAGCCUCCACCACCUCCUCUUUGAUGACAUCCCAAUUCGCAGACAAUGUCCUCUGUGCUGUAUUUGCCAAUGAAAGUGGACAACAACUAUCUUGGGUUUGUUUGGUGAUUGUAAUUUCAGGUCUGUCAAUCUUGUUACAUUGUGUACAUUCAAAAGGAAGAGAAAAAAUAUAUAUGAUAAUCAUUUCCACAUAACUAAUUUUUACUUCUAGCAGGUAAAUGUAGGUAGCAGUGCAGGGGUGAUCUCUGCUUCCUGUACCUUGACAUGCAAAAGGCUCUUCUAAUACUCCACAUUCAAACUGAAGAGGAAAAUUGAAAUCUCUAAUGAAGCUGCUGUGUGUAUUUAUGAAUAUUAAUGAAUAAAAACUGCUUGGAUGGUUUACCUUAACUACUGCAUGAGGUUUUUUGCAGCGUGCAUGAGUUUUAGUGACCUUGUUAUUUAAAAGAUUAAAUACAAGGAGUAAAACUUAAACAAAAAUAAAAGCCCAAAGCUUUCCCAAACAUUAUUCAAUGGUUACGCGGCAAAAGAGUUACCUGCUGAAGUAGCUUUUGAAUAAUGUCUGCCUGAAUCACCUUUCUUUGUGUGCCUCCUACGCAUAAAGCCGGCUCUGCAGUGGAAUCUGAGGGUUGUAGCAGGUGUCGCGCUCCGCCCUGUGUGACUGUCCUGUCGCCCUGUUAAUUAUCUUACCCACGUGGAGCUCAGCCUGUCUCGUAUAUUCAUCUAUAGAAGACACGCCGGUAAAGCUACUGUCGGAAUCUGCUGCAGGGUGCUUGUGUGCCCUAAAAACAAAUCCUGUUCUUAGUUGUUUCAAGUUUUUACUUUCUGUGGUUGUUUAAAAUUUUUUCAAUUGUUAAAUGUUUUAUUCGGGUGUAGAUGAAUUUUCAUUUAUUCACUGUUCAACAGAAUUAACCUGAAUUAUGUUGUCUUUGUUCUUGAAAAUCUCACAUUCUCAAUCAUAUUUUGCGUUAUUUAUGUAUGUGCUUCAUAGUUUGCUGAGACAGAUCAGUAUCAGGGGAGCUUUGAGGAUUUGCCUUCCCAGAUUUUGUCGAUACAUUACAACCAAAUUCUUAAUGCUAACUUUAGCACCUUUUAUUUAUUGGGUUUUCUCUGGCAUAAAAAGUAAAGCCUUUUAAUUGAAUCAUGUCACCUAUAUGCCUAUAUUAUUAAUCCUAUGUGUAAAAAAAAUGUACAGCUUUUUUGGGUUUGUUUUGGGAUUUGGACGGCCGGGAUAUUUUUUUAUUUUCUGUUGCAGUUUUUGUGCAUAGACUUUCACAAUAGCUCCAAGGCAGGGACAGCGGGUUUGGGGGUUCGGGGGGCAGUUUUUGGAAUGUAAAUUUAGGACUUUUAAAAAAAGGUGCGCACAGCUUCUGAUAAAUUUAUAACUAGACUUAAUCUAAUCAUGUCUCGUUCCAGUUCUCGUUUCUCUGAGCCCUUUUCUCGGUCCCCCUCCCUUAGCCCUUUUCCUUUCCCGUGUGUGUGUCUCCGUUUCUGCAACACGACAAGCAUACGGGCGUGAACACCCUCCGGUGUUCUUCCGAGAACUGUGAAGUCCAUGUUCAUCCAAGUGUAACCAAAAAAGAACUCAUCCCACAUGUUUAAAAAACUGUUGCUUCUCCUCCUCUGCAACUUCAGACUCCAACAGUUUCCAGCUAUAAUAGCUUUGUUUUCUUUAAUUUCUGUGACGGAAAAUGUUUUAAAGGAGAAUUUUACAGCAGGCUUCUGGUUCUACUAGAAGUCAAGUCCAGUAGUGAUUUCUUUUUCUCAAUUGGUUGUUGAAACGUUUCAAAAACCAGUUUUCAAGCUGUGGUCUUUUCAAACACAUCUUCUGCACAUAAGUCACACAUUUCAAUAAAGCAUUUUCAAGACUGUU